AUGGCUCCAAGAGGCGAAGGACGCGGUGGUCGGCAAAAUGUUGAGGAUGCAAGGUAUGCACGUUUGGAGGAACGAAUCCAGCAAUUUGAGGAGCGCUUUGACAUGAUUGCGGAACAAAUUGCUGCACUAAAUAUUGAGAACCGAUCUCAAAGUCAUCAUGAAGAGGAGGAAGAACGUUAUGAAAGUGAAGAGACUAAAAAUCCAUUUGGGAAUCAUAGACAGAGAAGACAUGUUCCUCCACGAGAUCAUGGGCGAUGGGAGUCGGGUUUCAAACUCGAAAUUCCAGAAUUUAAAGGAUGUUUGCAACCAGAAGAAUUCUUAGAUUGGGUUGCUGUAGUUGAAGAAGUUUUGGAUUUCAAAGAUGUGCCACAAGACAAGCGGAACUUGCGCCAAGGUUCUCGCUCUGUCGAUGAAUACACAACAGAGUUCUUUCAAUUGAUUGCCCGUAUUGAUUUGGGAGAGUCUGAAGAUCAGUUGGUAUCUCGCUAUACUGGAGAAAAGCAAAUAAAUAGGAGGCCAGGAAUGCAAGGUAGUGGUGGUAAUAGCCAAAAUACCUCAUCCCCAAUUCUGUCCCGAAGUGUCAAUUCUCAAGCACCAACUGAAAAACCACCAGUAAACCCUCCACCUACUCGCACAUCUAUUAGCGGGGCCAGUGGAGUUGCAACAUGCUGUUUUAAAUGUGGUGAACCUGGGCACAGAAUGGCUGACUGCAAGAAGAGAGAUCGGUAUGGGAAGGGAUUAUUCAUUGACAGUGAAGACACACCACCAGACGAGCAAUAUAGUAUUGAACAAGACCCCAAGUUUGACAGCCAUUAUGACGAUUUUGAAGAAGAGCAUGUUCAUGGUGAUAAUGGCCCUUUAUUGGUGGUUCAAAGGGUUUGUCUCACUCCACGAGUAGCUGAUGGUGAUUCAUGGCUUCGUAAUAAUAUUUUCCAAUCCACAUGCACAAUUGGGGGCAAGGUUUGUCGACUUGUUAUCGACUCUGGUAGCUGUGAAAAUGUAGUUGCUGAUGAGGCAGUUCAAAAGUUGGGAUUGGCGACAGAGAAGCAUCCUCAUCCUUACAAAUUAUCGUGGUUAAAGAAAGAAAAUGAUGUAAGUGUUUCAAGACGCUGUUUAGUUUCUUUUUCCAUUGGUACUAAAUACCAGGAUCAAGUGUGGUGUGAUGUUAUCACUAUGGACACAUGCCAUAUUUUGUUGGGGAGGCCGUGGCAAUAUGACAGGGGUGCAAUUCAUGAUGGAAAGAAGAAUACAUAUAGCUUUUUGAUUGACAAGACCAUACUUGUCUUAUUUCCCAAUAAGGAGAUUGUUUCCAAGCCAUCAACAACUGUGGAAACUAAUACUCUGUUAACAAGGAGACAAUUCAGUCUGAUUGCAGAGUUCCAAGAUAUAUUUCCAAGUGAACUUCCCCAUGGUUUACCUCCACUUCGAGAAAUACAGCACCAAAUUGACAUAGUGCCUGGUUCGACUUUGCCUAAUCGACCACAUUAUCGCAUGAGUCCCAAAGAACAUGAAGAACUUCGUCGCCAAGUGGAGGAGCUUCUAUACAAGGGACACAUUCGGGAGAGUCUUAGCCCUUGUGCAGUACCCGCCUUACUCACACCAAAGAAAGAUAACACAUGGAGGAUGUGCGUGAAUAGCCGUGCAAUUAACAAGAUUACAGUCCGCUACAGAUUUCCUAUUCCGCGGUUGGAUGAUCUUUUGGACCAAUUGAGUGGAGCAACAAUCUUUUCGAAAUUGGAUUUGAAAAGUGGGAAUCACCAAAUCCGUAUACGGCCUGGUGAUGAGUGGAAGACGGCGUUUAAAACUCGUGAUGGCCUAUACGAGUGGUUGGUAAUGCGUUUUGGGCUCCCUAAUGCACCAAGCACUUUUAUGCGUGUGAUGAACGAAAUUUUUCGUCCCUUUAUUGGUAAGUUCUUAGUGGUUUACUUUGAUGAUAUAUUAAUUUAUAGUGCUAACCACAAUCUGCAUGUUCAGCACUUGCGAGAAGUUCUGACAGUCUUACGCAGGGAAAAAUUCUUCGCAGCCACGAAUAAAUGUGUGUUCAUGACAGAUCGUGUUAUUUUCCUUGGAUAUGUGGUGUCUAAGGAUGGAAUUUCAGUUGAUGAGUCCAAGGUUGAAGUUAUUUUAAAUUGGCCAAUCCCGAGGAAUAUUCAUGAUAGUGCGUAG